AUGUCAGCAGUCGAAAAGUCUUCCAAGUUCCGCGUCAUCAUAGUAGGGGCUGGCCCCGUUGGCCUCUACAUGGCUCACGCCAUGGAGCGGGCCGAGAUCGACUACGUGCUGCUGGAGCGGCGCGCCACCGUCGCCAACCCCAACGGGCAGCUCCUGCUGGUCUGGCCGCACACAGCCCGACUUUUCGACCAGAUCGGGCUGUACCACGUCCUCGCCAGGGAGAACAUCCCCAUGCACCGCAAGAAGCGCGUCUACGGCGUCGACGGCACCGUCACUUCUUGGAAUCGCUUCUGGCAGUUCAUGGAGCCCAGCCACGGCUACCCGUUUCUGGCAAUGCUCCGCAGCCGCAUCAUCGACAUACUCUACGCGGGACUGCCAGGCAGAGACUCCAAGAUCAGAACCAGCGUCGAGGUCGUCGGCAUAGAGCCCCAGGCUGACCGUGUGCGCGUCCGACUGGCCGACGGCAGCCUGGUGGAGGGAUCCAUCGUCGUCGGCACCGACGGAGUGCACAGCACCACCCGCGAGCUGAUGCAGGGCUUGCGGGCGGAUGAUGGCGGCCGCGAAGAUGAGGCGGCACCACCACGGAGCCCUAUGGUGGCGAGCUUCAACAGCAUCUUCGGCCGCGCGUCCGUCGCCGACUUGGGGAUCGAGCCAGGCACCUGGUUCGAGUCCCGGGGCGCCGGGGUCAUCGUCCAGGGCCUCGUGGGCGCUGCCGACGGCAAGAUGACGUUUGCGACCAUCAAGCCGCUGGACGCAGGAGCCCGCGCUGCAGCAGCGACGGUCGGCGGGGGUGGGCGGCGGCCACGGUACUCUGAGGCCGACGCCGACGAGCACGCGGCCUCGAUCCAGCACGUGCUGGUGUGCCCCGGCGUGACGUUUGGCGACGUGUGGGCGCGAGCAGAUCGGGAGCUGUGCGUCAUGGUGGACCAGGAGGAAGGGUUCGUGGAGCAGUGGUACCACGUCGGCGGGCGGGUGGUGCUGGUGGGCGACGCGGUGCACAAGAGCACGAGCGCCAACGGGCUCGGCAUGACGUGCGGCGUGCACUCGGCGGCGGUGCUGGCCAACGGCCUCCGGCGGCUGCUGGACGACCAACCCAGCCCUUCGGGCGCGGACCUGGCCGAGGUCUUUGCUCGUUACCAGGCCGACCGGCAGGCGGAGGUCAAGCCGCUCUGGGAUGACGGGCGCGCCAUGGUGCGCAGUGUCACCAGGAGGUUCACCUGGGGCCCCUGGCUGUGGGAGAGGUUUGUGCUGCCGUGGUGGGAUGACGCCGAAAAGCCGCUCAAGGCAGCCCUCGACAACGGCGCCAACCUCUGGAACGGGGCUACCCUUUACGGCCCGCCCGACCGCCACUCCCUGCACCUCGUCAGGCACUACUUUGACGCGCACCCAGGCGACGCCGCCAAGGUGGUGCUCAGCGUCAAGGGCUGCUACGAUGGCAUGACCCAGACAGCCUACAACCGGCCGGAGCAGAUCCGUGCCGAGGUCGACAACUGCCUCUCGAUCCUGGGCGGCACCAAGACCAUCGACCUGUUCCAGUGCGCUCGCCAAAGCCCCGACACGCCCGUGGAGGAGCAGGCCCGCACGCUAGCCGCCCUGGUCGAGGAAGGCAAGAUAGGCUCCUACGGCCUGUCCGAGUGCAGCCCCGACACGAUCCGCCGCGCCCACGCCGUCCACCCCGUCGGCGCCGUCGAGAUCGAGCUCAGCAUCUUCUCGCGCCACGUGCUAGCCCCAGGAGGCGUGCGCGACACGUGCCGCGAGCUGGGCAUCCCAGUCGUCGCCUACAGCCCGCUCGACCGCGGUUGGCUGACGGGCCAGAUCAAGAAGCCCGACGACGUGCCGAUGCAGUUUCGCGUCUUCCCGCGCUUCCAGAGCCCCGCGUUUGAGCAGAACCUCAAGCUGGCCGGGGCCGUCGCGGCAAUGGCGGAGCGCAGGGGUGCCACGAGCCCACAGGUUGCGCUGGCUUGGGUCAGGGCCCAGGGCGCCCUGCCCAUCCCCGGCGCCACCAGCGUCGACAAGAUCCUGGACAACACCAAGGUCAUCGAGCUUACCCAGGCCGAGCUGGAAGAGUUGCAGGUCGCUAUCGACAGGACCGAGAUUGUGGGUGAGCGUUACCCAGAGGUGUACCGGUCUGGCCUGAACUUGUAA